AAGGUGACCCGGCCUCCAGCCAUUGGCAGUGGCGGCUCGGGAUGGCAGCGGCGGCGACACCGGCCCCGGGAGGCACGGACGCCCGGGUGGAGCAGGAGACGGCGCGAUGGCUGCGCUGGGACCAGAAUCCUCUAACUUUGGAGUUAGUGAGAAAAUUAAUUGCGGCAGGUAAUAAAGAAGAAUUACAAAAAUGUUUUGGCACCCGAAUGGAGUUUGGGACAGCUGGCCUUCGAGCACCUAUGGGUCCAGGGAUAUCUCGGAUGAAUGACUUGACCAUCAUCCAGACUACACAGGGAUUUUGCAGGUACCUAGAGAAGCAGUUCAGUGACCUCAAGCAGAGGGGUGUCGUGAUCAGCUUCGACUCCCGAGCUCACCCUGCCAGCGGAGGUAGCAGCCAAAGGUUUGCCCGACUUGCUGCAGCCACAUUUAUCAGCCAGGGGGUUCCUGUGCACCUCUUUUCUCAUAUAACUCCAACUCCCUUUGUGCCCUACUCUGUGCUGCAUUUGAAACUUUGUGCUGGAAUCAUGAUCACUGCCUCUCAUAACCCAAAGCAGGACAAUGGCUACAAGGUCUACUGGGACAAUGGGGCCCAGAUUAUCUCUCCACACGAUAAAGGGAUUUCUCAAGCUAUCGAAGAAAAUCUAGAGCCCUGGCCUCAAGCUUGGGAUGAUUCUUUAAUUGAUGGCAGUUCCCUCCUUCACAACCCUACUGGUUCUAUCAAUAAUGACUACUUUGAAGACCUUAAAAAAUACUGUUUUCACAGGAGUGUGAACAUCGAGACCCGGGUGAAGUUUGUGCACACUUCUGUCCACGGUGUGGGGCAUGACUUCGUGCAGGCAGCAUUCAAGGCCUUUGACCUGGCUCCUCCUGAGGCUGUUCCUCAACAGAAAGACCCCGAUCCUGAGUUUCCAACUGUCAAAUACCCGAAUCCUGAAGAGGGUAAAGGAGUCUUGACUUUAUCUUUUGCUUUGGCUGACAAAAUCAAGGCCAAAAUUGUUUUAGCAAAUGACCCAGAUGCCGAUAGACUUGCUGUGGCAGAAAAGCAAGACAGUGGUGAAUGGAGAGUGUUUUCAGGCAAUGAGCUAGGGGCCCUCUUGGGCUGGUGGCUCUUUACUUCUUGGAAAGAAAAGAACCAAGGUCACAGUGCCCUCAAAGAUACAUACAUGCUGUCCAGCACCGUCUCCUCCAAAAUCUUGCGGGCCAUUGCCUUAAAGGAGGGGUUUCAUUUUGAGGAAACAUUAACUGGAUUUAAGUGGAUGGGAAACAGAGCCAAACAGCUCAUAGACCAGGGAAAGACUGUCUUAUUUGCAUUUGAAGAAGCAAUUGGAUACAUGUGCUGUCCUUUUGUUCUGGACAAAGACGGAGUCAGUGCGGCUGUCAUAAGUGCAGAGCUGGCUAGCUUUCUAGCAGCCAAGAAUUUAUCUUUGUCUCAGCAGCUAAAGGCCAUCUAUGUGGAGUAUGGCUACCACAUUACCAAAGCUUCAUAUUUUAUCUGCCAUGAUCAAGACACCAUUAAAAAAUUAUUUGAAAACCUGAGAAACUAUGAUGGGAAGAAUAAUUAUCCAAAAGCUUGUGGCAAAUUUGAAAUUUCUGCCAUCCGGGACCUUACAACUGGCUAUGAUGAUAGCCAGGCUGAUAAAAAAGCUGUGCUUCCUACUAGUAAGAGCAGCCAAAUGAUUACCUUUACCUUUGCUAACGGAGGCGUGGCCACCAUGCGGACCAGCGGGACAGAGCCCAAAAUCAAGUACUACGCAGAGCUGUGUGCCCCUCCUGGAAACAGUGAUCCUGAGCAGCUGAAGAAGGAACUGGACGAACUAGUCAAUGCUAUUGAAGAAAAUUUUUUCCAGCCACAGAAGUACAAUCUGCAACCAAAGUCAGAGUAAAAUAUUCCAGCCUUGAACAUGAUCAUACUUACCGCCAGUGAAGUACUAGGGAUUGACUCCACAGCCUUCACACUGAACUACAUUUGCAGCCCUUUUAUUUUACUUCAUUUUUUUUGUUUGUUUGUUUGUUUGUUUUUUGAAACAGGAUCUUGCUAAGUUGCUAAAUUGCUCAGGCUGAGCUUGAAUUAUUGUUCUUCCUAUCUCAGAUUCCCAGAAUGCUGGUAUUACAAGCAUGCAUCACCACCCCCAGCCUGAUGAACCAUUUCAUACAGGACUAGUAAUAUAUAUCAAACUUGAUGAAAAGGUACCUGAGGCUUUUGGAGAGUUGCAUUAGGCUUCAAUCAUUCUAAGAGGUUGAUUUGUCCUACCUGUUUUUAGUGAUUCUUUUUUGUUGAUUACUCCUCUAUUCUAGAAGAAAAUCAGAUUACAAUUACAUUGUAAUUAUAAAGACCAACAUACACACAAAGAAAAAAAUGUGAGCAAGGUAUGAGAAUCUACAGAGAUCUGGUGAAGGUACUUGCUUGAGUGGAUCAGCUACAGCUUGGAUGUAGCCAGAAGUCAGAGGAAAGAUGAAAGUCGUUAUAGUUUAUAUCUAGAGCCCCCCUAAAGCCUCAGGAAAUCACAGAUGGGAACCUUCAGAUGUGACUGGAUUAUAGCAGUGCAAUAGCUGACUUGCAGAAGAGGCAGGCCACUGUGGGCUUGACCCGGAAGGUAAUAGCUCCCUUCCUGUAUCCUCGCGUGGUUCUCUCUGCUUCCUGUCCACCAUGCCAUGCAUGGCUUUUUGCUAUCAUGGCCCUGUACAGUGCUGUUCUAGACUAUGGACAGAAACCCCUACAAACUGUGAGCCAAAAUAAACCUCUCCUCCUCUAA